CAUUUUGACAGGGUUGGUCCAGCUGAGCCAAGAUGGCGGACGUUGACGAACAGCUCACUGAUGAGGAGAGGGUCCGCAUCGCUGCCAAUUUUGUCAUCCACGCGCCACCUGGAGAAUUCAAUGAAGUUUUCAAUGAUGUCCGGCUACUGCUCAACAAUGACGGUCUGCUCAGGGAAGGGGCAGCUCAUGCCUUUGCCCAGUAUAACAUGGAUCAGUUUACACCCACCAAACUUAAAGACGAUCAGGUGUUGAUCACGGAGCAUGGAGACCUGGGAAACGGGCGCUUUUUUGACCCGCGAAACAAGCUCUCGUUUAAGUUUGACCACCUGAAGAAAGAGGCCAGCGACCUGCAGCCCUACGACGGUGAAGCGUCUCUGGAGCCGUGGAGGGAGGCGUGUGACGCUGCGCUCAGGGCCUACAUCAAAGAUCACUACCCUAGUGGAGUGUGCACUGUUUAUGGGAAAACAAUUGAUGGCCACCAAACAAUCAUUGCCUGCAUCGAAGGACAUCAGUUUCAACCCAAAAACUUCUGGAACGGUCGCUGUCGGUCCGAGUGGAAGUACACCGUGUCUCAGAGCAAGACUCAGCUGGUAGGCGUGCUCAAGGUCCAAGUGCAUUAUUAUGAAGAUGGCAAUGUGCAACUGGUCAGCCACAAAGACAUUCAAGAGUCUCUCACCAUUUCUAAUCCAAAGCAGGCGGCUGAGGAGUUUGUUAAACUUAUUAACAAUGCCGAGACUGAAUACCAGACGGCAAUCAACGAGAACUACCAGAACAUGUCGGACACCACCUUCAAAGCCUUACGCCGACCGCUUCCCGUCACCCGUACCAAGAUCGACUGGAACAAGAUCCUCAGCUAUAAAAUCGGCAAAGAGAUGCAGAACGCUUAGAGCUGAGCCGCCAUGCCUCCCCUUCUGCUCGCAGUACAAGCCAAGAAAUGAGCUGCGGGAGCCUGGGCUUGAGCUCGAGGCUGGGGCCAGGCUUGGGCACAGGCACGUCGGACAAAUGUGCUAAGAAAUGUCCUUGUUUCCUUUUUCUUUGUUUUUGAUUUUUGUUUUGUGUUUUUUUUUUUUUGUCCCCCCCCCCCCCCCCUUCCAAAAGCCAAGGUUUAACCUCAGCUAAAGAGACUGCCUCCUUUUCUGCAUUAUCAGAAGGCUGUGAGAUUGUUCUCUUGGGUGGAGCGAUGGUCCUUGCUGUUGAACCAAUACCUCCUGCAACACCAGGGUCACAAAUGUUGUAGCCACACUCUUUCACAUGUUCUCCCCCACCUUCCUGAUUUACACACAUCACUCAGAGAGGGAUUUCUGGACACCAAUUCAGCUAUGUCCACGACCAAAUGUUUCAUCUGCAUGAAUGAAAAUGCUUUUUUUUUUUUUAAAUAUGCUUUGGAAUAGAGUUUAAUUUUAUUAGCUUUCUUGAACAACGUGGAUUUUAAUCCAAGAUUCCAGAGGGUCGUGUCCCCCCCCCCCCCCCCCAAUACAUUUCAAUUGUAAGUAGAUGGAAACAAAGACUGAAGAGGUUCUUUGUAGGAAUAAGCUUUAGGGUGAUUACUGCUUCGGUUAAAGACUUUUUUUUUCCUUUUACUAGCCUUUACACAUUAAAUACCAGUUACAUGAGCUGCUAAUUUGAUUUGGAUCUCAGCUCUCAAGACGUCUCUCAGUACUCGAUAUGAUUUGGGUUUUUUGUGUGUAUUUUUGUUCAUGUCCAUAUUAUUGUCAUCAUUUGAACAGUUGCUAUUUGGGAUGUGUUUGUGUGACUAGUUUAAACUAAUCUGCAGUCCAGACACAAGUCAUUUAAAGGUGUGUGUCUUCGUUUUGGCAGUGUUAUACCUCACGUAAUAUUAGUCCUGUCCUGGAAACGCCUCAUUCCCUGAGCAAUAGAAGCACACGCACACUGUUAACUCCGCAAACAAAAUCACUGCUGUUGGAAUAUAUUAUACAUAAUAAUGAAAGAAUCUGAAGGUCAUGGGUGAGGUGUUCUGUUUCGCCUCGUAAACCUGAAAAAGGGUUUCUGUUCUCGUCUGUCUGCAUUUAAUACCUGUUUUGUGCCACUCUGUCUUAAUCAGCACAAUAAUUUCUGACCUGAAAGCAGUGUUUAUCAGCAGUACUUCUUAAGUAUACUGCUGUUUAAGUCCCCCCCCCAAAAAAAGAGGCAGAGCUGUAUUUUUCUGGUCCACAGUUUCAGUGUACAGAUGGAGCUGCUUGUGCCUCUGCCCAGGAUUGGAAAUGGUCGCAAUAUCGCCCCCUGGUGUCUCCAACUGGUAGCGUUACUGUAUGCAGUUCCACAAUUUCACCUCAGUUUCUGCUUCCUUCCAGAGCAUUUAUUGCUUGCUUUUUUUAAAAAUAAUAAUAAAAAUAAAUUGUAUGAUCAAAUAGGAUCGCAGAGAAAUAAAGUAUUUGCAUCAA